AUGAGUUCAUGCUUUCCCGUCUGGCAAAUAUACUCCACCGUCCCUUCUGUGCUGCUUGUUAUAGACAGGUUUGGUGCCACAAUCCGCGUUCUUCAUCUCCUACCCGAGAACAGCACCGUCAUCGAACGCUUCAGCUCCACAUCUUCAACCAUCACCUUCCGCUAUGGCAAAGUCAGAGAGCAGACGCGCGAGCAGAUUGGCACGGUGACGCUUGAUGUUGGAGAUGGCGAAACCGCCGAGAGCUUCCUCGACGACGUUGCGACACGAAUCCCUGCCUGCCUAAGAGCUAAGGCUGCCUUAGGCGUCCCCGACCGAACGCCAGCGCUGAAUAAUGCGCCCAGCAAUGCUUACACCGCCAACGCCUACUAA